AUGUGUCGUUUAAUAAUUGAUGGAUAUCUUCAACAAGAAAUUGUUACACAUCAACAACAAUCUUUCGAAGCUUCAGUUGCUUAUUUACGUUUAGGUCCUAAAGCACAUAUUGCUUUAUCAAAUCAAUCAAAUAAAUUUAUGAAUCCAAUUGAAUUAACUAUACGUACUGAACAAUCAAAUAUAACAAAUGAUGAAAAGCGUAAACAACAAACACCAAUUGAACAAUUACAUGAACAAUGUUUAACGGACCUUAAAAAAGAACUUAAAUUAAUAUUUGGUAAUAGUUCACAUGCAAUGAUUAUUCCUGAACGUGCUAUUAAAGAAAUGGUUAAAUUAUUGCCUCGAACGAAAGAGGCGAUGAUUAAAGAUGUUAAUGAAAUAACUGAAGAACGUUAUAAACGUCAUGAACUUCAUCGUUUAUUAACCAUAACACAACGUUUUGGUAUUGAACUCGAUGAAAUUCAACGAAAAGAAGCAAUAGCACGUAAAGCAUUAUUAACAACAACAUCAACAUCAAAACGAAAAUUAGUUACAAGCGAUGAAGAAGAUGAUACUAAUUUUUCUAUAGGUCAUGAUGGUUAUAUUAAAAUAAAUAAACAAGCAAAUAAAACAAAUGGACAUUAUAAUCGAUUUGUUAAACAAAAAAAACGAUCGGCAUCGUUUUUUGCUCGACGUAAUGCAAUUGCUAAACGAAAACGUGGAGGAUUUUAA